AUCCAAAACGGCAUUGGAUCUGUUGAUGCGUUAUCGGUCGUGAGCAAAAAUAUCUUCCAGGCGGUUAUCAACAUUGGUUGCAACCCACCCCGGCCUGGCGUGUUGGAGGUUAACGUCUUACCUGGCCUUUAUGGUUUAUGUUACUAUCACUCCGGUUCGCAAAAGAA